UUUUAUCCCUCUGGACGGCCCUCACAGCUCUGCUACAUACAAAAAGCGGAGAGGAGUAGGUGCUGGGCCGGUUACUACAUCAUAUUAAGGGUUAAUAGGAGGCAACGAUGUCCAGGCGGCUCCUCCUCUGCGCCUAUUAAUAAGGAUGGGGGGGAGGGCGGCUCUUUUGGGUGCUGGUCACUUUCUCCUUGGAGUCCGGAGUGAAGAUCUGUGACUUCCAGCAGGAUGGCGGCGGGUGCGGUGCUGGACAUGUUUUCUAAAGCAGUGAAAAUCCUUCUGCUCCAGAUCUGGAUCCGAUCAGAAUCGCACAAAACCAUGCCGUCCUACAAGAGAGCGACGCUGGACGAAGAGGACCUGGUGGACUCAGAUGAGGGCGAGGUGUACCCCAACGAUGUCCAGGUGAACGUGCGAGGAGGACGAAACCGCAGCAGCUGCUGGACGGACAGGACUCAUGUGGAGAAGAGGCUGCUGGUCCUGGUCGCCAUCCUCUCCAUCGGCCUCUUGGCGUCCCUGCUGUCCCUCGCCAUCCAGUACCAGAGAAAUGGUCGCACCUGUCUGUCGGAGUCCUGUAUAUCUGUGACCAGCGCCAUCCUGCGCUCCCUGGACCGCUCCGUGGACCCCUGUCAGGACUUCUAUAGCUACGCCUGCGGGGGAUGGAUCAAGGCCAACCCUGUGCCGGACGGGCACUCCCGCUGGGGCACCUUCAAUGAGCUGUGGGAGCACAACCAGGCCGUCAUGAAGCAUCUGCUGGAAAACACGACCAUGAACCUGAGCAGCGUUGCGGAGCACAAAGCGCAGAGAUAUUACCAGGCCUGUCUGAACGAGUCCAAGAUAGAGGAUCUGGGAGCCAAACCUCUGCAGGAGCUGAUAGAGAAGCUCGGUGGCUGGAACAUCACUGGUCCCUGGGAUAAGGAGAACUUCCAGGAGACGCUGCAGACCGUCACCGCCUAUUACCGCAUCUCCCCGUUCUUCUCCGUGUUCGUCAGCGCAGACUCCAAAAACUCCAGCAGCAACAUCAUCCAGAUAGACCAGUCCGGCCUGGGGCUGCCAUCCAGAGAAUAUUACCUGAAUAAAACUGCCAACGAGAAGGUCCUUACUGGGUACCUCAACUUCAUGGUGCAGCUGGGUGUCCUGCUGGGGGGAGAGCCGAACAACACGCGGGCCCAGAUGGAGGAGAUCCUGGACUUCGAGACCGCCCUGGCCAAUAUCACCAUCCCCCAGGAGAAGAGGCGAGACGAGGAGCUCAUCUACCACAAGGUCACAGCCGGCGAUCUCAAGGAUCUGGUGCCGGUGGUCGACUGGAUCCCCUUCCUCCGAAUGGUUUUCCAUCCGGUAGAGAUCAACGAGACUGAACCGGUGGUGGUUUACGCCAAGGAAUAUCUGAUGGACGUCUCCAACCUCAUUAAGCGCACAGAGAAGAGGAUACUUAAUAACUACAUGAUGUGGAACUUGGUGCGGAAGACGAGCCUGCUGCUGGAUCAGCGCUUUCAGGACGCCGAAGAGAAGUUCAUAGAAGUCAUGUACGGGACCAAGAAGACCUGCACCCCGCGCUGGAAGUUCUGCAUCGCUGACACCGAUAACAACCUCGGCUUCGCUCUCGGCGCCAUGUUUGUCAAGUCCACGUUCGCCAACAGCAGCAAAGUCAGGGCCGUGCAGAUGAUAAAGGGGAUAAGGAAGGCGUUCGAAGAGAGUCUGGAGACGCUGAGCUGGAUGGACGAAGAAACCCGCAAAGCGGCCAAACAGAAGGCUGAAGCCAUCUACGAUAUGAUUGGGUACCCCAACUUCAUCAUGGACCCCAAGGAGCUGGACAAAGUCUUCAAUGAUUAUGAAGUGAUGUCUGACCUCUACUUUGAGAACGUCAUGAUGUUCUACAACUUCUCGGCGAGGGUGACGUCGGAUCAGCUGCGCAAACCGCCCAACAAAGACCAGUGGAGUAUGACGCCCCCUACAGUCAAUGCCUAUUAUUCUCCAACCAAGAAUGAGAUCGUGUUUCCCGCGGGAAUCCUCCAACCUCCGUUCUACACCAGCUCCUCGCCCACGGCCUUAAACUUUGGCGGGAUUGGCGUAGUGAUGGGCCAUGAGCUGACCCACGCGUUCGAUGACCAAGGCCGAGAGUAUGACAAGGACGGAAACCUGCGGCCCUGGUGGAAGAACUCUUCGGUGGAGGCCUUUAAGAAACAGACGGAGUGCAUCACCGAGCAGUACAGCAGCUAUAAGGUCAACGGAGAAGCUGUAAACGGGAAACACACCCUAGGGGAGAACAUUGCUGACAAUGGAGGACUCAAAGCCGCCUAUAGGGCUUAUCAGAACUGGGUGAAGGAGCAAGGGGAAGAGCAGGAGCUGCCGUCCUUAGGCCUCACCAAUGAUCAGCUCUUCUUUGUUGGCUUUGCUCAGGUCUGGUGCUCUGUGCGGACGCAGGAGAGCUCACACGAAGGGAUAAUCACCGACCCGCACAGCCCGUCCCGCUAUCGCGUCAUCGGCUCCAUAUCCAAUUCCAGAGAAUUCUCUGAACACUUCCAGUGUCCAGAGGGGGCGCCAAUGAACCCGACAAAGAAAUGUGAAGUGUGGUGACCUAACGGGUGGUUAGGGAGGGGGGGGUUCACUAUGAAACCACUGACAGGAGAUUGGGGGGGGGUUCACUCCCAGUACUGGGGGAUUGUUUACAGUAAUGGCCGACCUGAGACGUUUCUUAAAGCUGUAGCAACACCUUUUCCACUUUUCCUGACUGUCGGAUAAUUCCGUGCACUAAUCUGUAGACGACUAUGCACCUUUUUUUAUUACACGUCUGUUCUGCACUGAGCUGGUGAAGUCGCCGGCCCCCGGCCUCCUGCUUUAAAGGGGUACUCCGGUGGAAAUUACUUUUUUUUUUUUUAAAUCAUCUGGUGGCAGAAAGUUAAAUAGAUUUGUA